GUUCUUGACAACACGUUUGGUGUUGAAAUUCGCCAAACAAACCUGAAAGCACAACACUUGAAAAACCCAUCAAUUAGUAGGCUGCUGAAAAGUCGAUCUCCGCUCAACUUUCAUCACGGAUCAGAUCAUCCAACAACAGCCGCCUUGACAGGUGCCAGAGGCCUGACUUAGGUUAUUUGCCUUCCACCGCAAGGAGCACGAGGCACAACUAGUUAUGGCUUUCUGGAGUUCUCUGUCGAGCGAUCAAAUCGGACCACUUCUCGAGGUCGCUGACCAAGUCCACCCCGAUCUGCCCGAAAGCGCCCAUGUUUUCGCCGAGCGCGUUAGGCUCUUCCCAGAGGGCUGCCUCGGGCUUGUGCGGCACGAUGACGGCAAACUCUGCGGCUACGCUAUCUCGCACCCCAUCCGCGCCCGCGAGCCUCCCGCCCUAGACAGCCUGCUCGGGGAGAUUGCGCCAGAUGCGGACCAGUACUACAUCCACGACGUUGCCGUCCUCCCCGGUUUCCGCGGGAAGGGUCUCGCAGCCGAGGUCAUCCGGAUGCUCAUAGAGGUCGCGUGGCGGCACAACUAUCGGACGACGUGCUUGGUUUCGGUCUACGGCACAGCGCCGUUCUGGGCUCGUUUCGGGUUUGUGUCCCAGAAGGUCGGCGCAGCCUUGGCCAAGAAGCUCAAGGAGUAUGGCGAGGAUGCGGUUUACAUGUCGUGCCAAGCUGGACGAUGAUGCCACAGCGUGCCUGAGUUUUGGUGGUACCCGCGAUUCCGGGAUCAACCUGAUUACCUAGAGAUUUGGGUGGUAUUUUGCAGGUGCCUUGAAGUCAUCGUAGGCAUGAUCCUCCAAUAACACGUCCCGCAAUCAAUCCAGGCCGUUCCCGGUAAAGCCGGCCGGGCAUCUGGUCUGCCUUACACUCCUCCUGGUCGCGAUACGGCUGCAUGGCUAACGCCAAGAGCAAGUCCAGGACCAC